UAUGUGAGCAAGUGCAGGUCACACGUUUGCGGCAUACAAUUUCGAUACAUUCACUCAUGUCAAAUUUCCUAUUCAGUGGACUUUACGCCGCAUGCGCGUAGAAACUGUCAAAAUUAAUUUUCUGUAGAAAUUUUCGGGGCCGUGUAUAAAUUUUCUUCGAAAUAAAUAUAACAAAAUUGUGAUGAAGUUUUUGUAUUAAGUUUAUUAAUAAGUGUUCGCGAAAAGACUGAUAUAGAAUAAAAAUUAUAUAAAAAUGAGUGAAAAAACGCCGGCGAUGGGUUUGGACGCUAUUUUGGCGGAGUUGGGUGCAUUUGGAAAAUAUAAUAUAAUCAACUACACUAUUCUUCUAUUGCCUGUGUUAUUGGCGGGAAUGUUCGGCGCUGUAUAUAUUUUUGAAGCUCCAGAUAUUAACUACAGAUGCAAAAUCCAUGAAUGCGAAACGCUUUACAACGAAACUACAUGGCUAGAAUACGCGAUACCGAAAAAGGGUGAAAAGUUUUCAAAAUGUGAGAGAUACCCUAUAAGAAGUAAUUUAGGCAUUGAAAAUAUGACUUGUAAGGCUGAAGAUUUUGAUACGUCGGUAAAAGAAAAAUGUUCAAGUUUUGUUUAUAGUGACGAAGACUCCGCAGUCAAAGAUUUCAACCUAGGAUGUCAAGACUGGAAGCGAACGUUCCUAGGGUCAAUGCACAACGGCGGAUUCUUCGUCGCACUGCCCCUGACCGGGUUCAUAUCAGACAGAUAUGGUCGAAAACUUGCCCUGGCUAUCUCUUCGCUGUUCAAUGGGUUAUUUGGUAUCCUGAGAUCAUUUUCUGUGAAUUACGAGAUGUUGCUUGCAUUCGAAUUCCUUGAAACCGCUUUCGGAGCGGGCGCAUACACCACCGCCUUUGUGUUGGCUAUGGAAUUAGUAGGACCAAAGGGCCGUGUUUUUGGAAACACUCUCAUAAACAUAGUGUAUGUCUGUGGAGCGGUGACAAUGGCUGGACUGGCUUGGCAGCUGCAAAACUGGCGAUAUCUUCUAAGAGUCAUUUACACCCCAGCACUGUUCAUAGUCUCAUACAUAUGGAUUUUAAACGAGAGUGUUCGAUGGCUACUGAGCAAAGGCCGUCAAGACGAAGCUGUAAAAAUUUUGAAGAAAGCCGCUAAUAUUAAUAAAGUUGAUAUAAGACCGGAACUUUUUACAACACUAUAUGAACUAGAAAGUCUAUCUCUAAACAGCAAUGAAAAGGAUAAGCUUGAUGAGCCGAUACAAGAAAUAAAGCCAAAAGAAACAGCUACUUUUGCCAGUGUUAUGAGAUCCAGUAUAAUAAGGACUAGAUUGUUUGUGUGCUCAUUUCUAUGGAUAACAUGCACUUUGGUGUACUAUGGGUUAUCAAUCAACUCAGUGUCAUUAGCUGGGAAUCAGUACGUUAACUUCAUGUUGGUGGUUUUAGUGGAAAUCCCGGGGAAUAUAGUGUGUUUGAUGGUGCUGGAUAGGUUCGGGAGGAAGAAGCCGUUGAUUAUAACGUACGUGCUGAGCGCUUUCCUGUGCAUCAGUUUAUCUCUGAUACCAGCUGGUGGUUGGUCCCUCACAGUCUACCUCUUGGGCAAGUUCAGUAUAACAGUAGCAUACAGUUCUGUCUACAUCUACGUAUCGGAAGUCUUCCCAACUAGCGUGAGGCAGUCACUGCUUGCUGUAUGUUCGACUACAGGCAGGAUCGGUUCCACGUUGGCUCCACAAACUCCUUUACUUGCCAAAUACUACGAGCAACUUCCAGUAAUAUUCUUCGGCAGCAUGGCGCUGACGGCUGCUGCUCUCGUCUUCACGUUACCAGAAACCAUCAAUGUUCAGCUUCCAGACACAGUGGAAGAAGCCGAAAGACUCUCAAGAAGAGAACCAGAGAAGGGUGUCGCGUAGUUUCAAAAGUUUUAACAUUAUCCCAUCACUAACCCAUACGAGUAGCUCUAUUAACCGCCCGGUUAUACGAGUCGAAUCAUUGGAGGAAUGUGCUGCUAUUGCAUUUGCUUUCUUACAGCGCACCCUUUCUUCUUCAUUCUACGCUUGGGCUACCUUUGUGUGAAAAGGAUUUUAGUUAAAGUUCAGAUGUGCUACUUUAAAGUCACUGUCAUAAGGCCUUGAACUCUUUAUAUCUCCAUCACACUCAAGAUUUGAUAUCAUUUUUACGGUUCUGGGUUUUUUGUUUUUUAGAAAGUGUGUGCUACAAACUCACAAAUAAAAACAUAAUUAAUGUGAACCAACAAAGAGAGGACAUAACAGAGACUAACACUAAGAGAACUUAAGCCAUGAUAUUCUUAUAUGCCCUCAUAAAUUUCUUAUUGAGAAAAAAAUAUUGUUAUUUUUAACAAGCGCUAUCAUUUUAUUAUAACUAAAACAUUUGAAACUUGCGUUUUUGUAAAAUUGUGUCUGUGUGUAUGUGUGUCC